UGCUGAACUCUCGUCGAGUGUAUUUCGUGCGAUUUCUACAAGUUCAGAAAAGAAGCUAUUUGAAGGAUGUCUGGCCGCGGAAAGGGAGGAAAGGUGAAGGGAAAGGCGAAGACGCGUUCCAACCGUGCUGGGCUUCAGUUCCCAGUGGGCCGUAUCCAUCGUCUGCUGCGCAAGGGAAACUACGCUGAGCGCGUUGGCGCUGGAGCUCCUGUCUAUUUGGCCGCCGUGAUGGAAUAUCUGGCCGCCGAAGUGCUGGAGUUGGCCGGCAAUGCUGCCCGUGACAACAAGAAAACAAGGAUCAUCCCGCGUCACCUGCAGCUGGCCAUCCGCAACGAUGAGGAGCUGAACAAGCUGCUGUCUGGCGUCACGAUCGCGCAGGGCGGUGUCCUGCCCAACAUCCAGGCCGUGCUGCUGCCCAAGAAGACCGAGAAGAAGACAUAAAUCGCCUGUCACGCACCGUAAACUCGCCAACAAACAACAAAA